GUUGCGGCGCGGCGGUUCCGGCAGUGCGCCUGUGCAGCCCGCGCGUCCGGAUGGAACGCGGUGGCGGCUGCGGGGCUGGAAGCGGGACGGAGGGGGCUACGCGAGGAUUCCCACUCCCCGGGAAGAUGGCCGAGUCAGGCGCCGUGCGGACUUCCCCGCCCAACCACCGACCUUCAGGCAUGGAUGGAUUUUUGAGAUCUGAUGAGAGACAAAGACUAGCUAAAGAAAGACGAGAAGAAAGAGAAAAAUGUCUUGCUGCCCGGGAGCAGCAGAUCCUGGAAAAACAGAAAAGAGCGAAACUCCAGUAUGAAAAGCAAAUUGAGGAGCGAUGGCGGAAACUGGAAGAGCAGCGGCAGCGAGAGGACCAGAAGAGGGCAGCUGUAGAGGAGAAGAGGAAGCAGAAGCUCCGGGAGGAGGAGGAGCGGCUGGAGGCGAUGAUGCGCCGGUCUCUGGAGCGCACGCAGCAACUGGAGCUGAAGAAGAAGUGCUCGUGGGGAGCUUCACUGGCCAACGGGCCUGGAGGUCGUGAUGGUGAAUCAGAAAAUACCCCACCCCCUCCUCUAGGUUUAGCAGCCAGCGCCCUCCCUCUGGACCCAGGGACCACUGCCACCACUGCCGAGUCCACCAACGCAUGUGACAAACUUUCAACAUCAACCAUGAAUUUGCCAAAGCAGACGGAACCUCCCAUGAGUAAGCGCCUGUCUUCAUCCACCGUGGCAAUAUCCUAUUCCCCAGACCGAGCUCAUCGUACAAACCUUAGUCCCAUGGAAACCUUUCUUGUUAUGCGACUCUUGACACCUACACAGGCUUCUUUAGCCAGAAGCAGAAGUGUACUCACGCUCUCUGAGCAGGCCAGUGACUCAGUAUCCCAUGCCUGUCCUCGUGUAGCUCCUGCUGGCGCUCUUAAAUCUUCUUACAAGUCUUCUCCUACUCGGAGUGCUGAGAGGAAGAAGACUCCGUCUACAUCUGGUGCGGGAGAUUCUGGGAAAGGAGCCCCUGCAGGAGCAGAGGCCUCUCCAACAGAGAAGAUGAAGAGGAGUCCUCGAACAACUUCUGUUCCCAGUGUGGGCCUUGGGUCUCCUUUGAGAAGAUGCGAAUUUCCAGGAGGCAUUUCUAAGAGGUCAUCUUCUCCAGUGACAUCCAGGGCAACAUCUAAAGUGUAUCCACAGUCUCCAAAGAAUAUGAAGCCACCAUACCCAGGGUCUCCUGUGAAGUACCGCUGUCCCACCUUUCCCAGCCAGGAAACACCCAAGAAGAAAGCAGAGAAAGAGAAGAGCAAUAAGGAAAGGGAAGGUGUCCUGGCUCAGCAGGCAGCUGGCCUGCAUGGAGAGGAAGCCCCAGAGAAGCAUGUAGUGGACAAGCAUGUCACUGAGAAGCAUCUUCUGGAUAAGCAUGUCACUGAGAAGCAUGUGGUGGACAAGCAUGUCACUGAGAAGCAUCUUCUGGACAAGCAUGUCACUGAGAAGCCUGUGGCCACAGGAGGGAAGGCUGAGAGCAGUGGAGCCUCAGGAAAACCUACAGCAGGCACCACUGAUGCAGGAGAGGCUGCGAAGAUCCUGGCUGAAAAGAGACGACAGGCCCGGCUGCAGAAGGAGCAGGAGGAGCAGGAACGACUGGAGAAGGAAGAACAGGACAGUUAUGUUCUCAAAAGGCUGGAGAGAGAGGAAUUGAAAAGAAAGGCAGAGGAAGAAAGACUUCACCUAGAAGAGGAAGCCCGUAAGCAAGAAGAGGAAAAGAAGCGUCAGGAAGAGGAAGAAAAAAGAAAGGCAGAAGAGGAGGCUAAGAGAAAGGCCAAGGAGGAGCUGUUAUUAAAAGAAGAGCAAGAAAAAGAAAAACAAGAAAAAGAAAAGCAAGAAAAAGUCAUGAUUGAAAAGCAGAAGGAAGCAGUAGAAGCAAAGGCCCAGGAGGCAGCUAAACAGAUGCGUCUAGAAAGAGAACAAAUCAUGCUGCAGAUUGAGCAGGAGCGACUGGAGAGGAAGAAGAGAAUUGAUGAAAUCAUGAAGAGAACAAGAAAGAGUGAUGUGUCUCCAGAAGUGAAGAAAGAAGACCCAAAGGUGGAGCUUCAGUCUGCUGUGUGUGUGGAAAAAAAGAUAAAACCAGUUGUCCCGAACAAAAUAGAAAUAAAUGGAUUAAACAACUGCCAGGAAGUUAAUGGUGUGGGGCGCAGUGGCCCAGAAACUUUUCCCCGAGACAUUUUCUCUAAUGGGCUUAAACCAGUUGGGGGACUUGUUCAUCUGGACACCCUUGAUGGGAAAUCAAACAGUCUGGAUGAUUCAACUGAGGAGGUUCAGUCUAUGGAUGUGAGUCCUGUUUCAAAGGAAGAGCUUAUUUCUAUCCCAGAAUUUUCACCAGUAAGUGAAAUGAUUCCUGGGGUGUCUCUGGACCAAAAUGGAACUGGUAAUGCCCGAGCUCUUCAAGAUCUCUUAGAUUUCACUGGCCCCCCCAUAUACCCCAAGCGAUCCAGUGAAAAUCUCAGCCUGGAUGACUGUAACAAAAAUCUGAUUGAAGGAUUUAACAGUCCUGGCCAAGAAAAUACUCUGAACACCUUCUGUUGACAAAUACCUCUCUUUAAUGAAAGGUGGUGUUUGGAGAACCCAUGAAGCUGCUGGUAGUCAAAUCCGAGCUGCCGGUCCUCUGAAGAAGCUUCUGUUGUCCUAAAUCCCUGGAUUCCAAAUUAUUAGAUCCAAAUGUAACUGUAUAUUCCUAGUUAGUAUGUCAAACUCAAACCCUGGCCACUCUUGGUAGAAACCUUGAAACGCUGGCCUUGUUGGGCUUUAGCAAAAUUUCAUGUUACAGAUCUAUUUAUGGGCUUCAGCGGCUGAUAAAGCGCUUCCUGUGCUACUUUAUUAUCGUAGUGCUCCUCCGAAUAACCCAGGUGGUUCUGUGUUGGAAAUUCACCUUAUAACUGUUCUUAUUCCCAAAGCUGGAGUACCUAAACAUGUAGAUGUCUUUUCCUGUAAAUAUUCUAGACGUUAACCCAGACUCUGCUUAAGCAUAUAUACUGAACUUGGGCUGUUUAUCUCCUUGUCUCUGUUUAGAAGAAGAAAUUCCAGAGGGUUUUCUCCCUUCUCUGAGGUUUCUUUGUUGGAAGUUACUAUCAAGAAGCUUUUUUUAUUAUUAAGCUUAGCCAUCUGUAAAAUGUGUUGCCCCACAUUACUCCUUGGGGAACUAAUAGAGUAAGUCUGGUUGAUUAUGGAAACAAGCAGGGCGGGAUGAUUUCUGUUCACUUACGCAUUUUCUUAUAGAUGUGGGCACCUCAGUCUGGCAAGGAUCUUGUCAUUGUUGAACCUUAAAAAAAUCUCCCAAGCCAUCAAGCGGCUUUUGGACCGAAGGAAGUUUGAAUGAAUUUUGUGUCUCAUGCACAGGUGGUUGGUUUUCAUGUUGUUGCUAUUGCUUUUCUCUUGGAUCUUCAGGUCCUUGUUUGUUUGCUCCUGUGUUUGCUCAACUCUGAUGAAGCCACACACAAAUGAAAAGUAUAGUGCUCUGGAAUAAGGAGGCCCUGAACUGGACCCAGUAUAUCACUUUAAUAGAUUUCAGUAUAAAAAUAUCCGAACGGGCGACAAAUGACACUAGAAUGUAUACUCCAUGUAUUUCAUGCACAUUUUCAGAACACAUAUAAUAAUGUGUUUUCUUAAUUUUAUUUCUUGUGGUGAAAUGUGACUUUCAGAUUAAAAUGACCUUCUCUGAAACUUAUUUUGACUUGUAUAAUAAAGCGUUUGGAAAAGAUCCAUAAUUUUGACUGAGGUUUGCAACAAGGAGAUAAAAAGAAGUCUCAAAAGUAAUCUUGUUCAUGUGCUUUUAAAACCCGCUACAGUUUAAAACUUUAUUAGUUAUGGAAACUGUGUAUGUUUGUGUAUGUGUAUAUAUUAAAUAAAAUACAUGCCUCCAGUAA